GCUGAAGGCGCCUACCGCGCCUCUGGUGGAGACGGAUCGCGAUUUCUUCCGGAAGCUCGAGAUGCAGGACACGGCGAGCGGCCUCAACGGCGCACUAAACUACCUCAGUACCAGGCAGUACGGGCUGCGCAUGUACGCCGUUGCUGUCGAGGAGGCCAAGCGCAUACACGAAGACCUGCCGCCCGAGCAGCGCAUGGAACGAGUGCGGAAGGUGUACCAACGCGUGAAAACCGAGCACGACAAGGAAAAAGCGGAUCGCGAUAAGCUGCAGGCUCGGGCCAAGACGCACCCUGAUGCUGCCAAUGCGAAGGCGCUGGCCUCCGCCGAAGAACGGGUCAAGAACCUCAACCUGCUGCUGCUUUACUACGCUUCGGGGCUGAAGCACAUCUACGAGGACCAAGAAUCGAAUAAGCCUUGAUCGCAUCUCUUGACAAAAAUUUUCGUGCAUGAACG